AGGCUCCUAAAUUAAGGGGCACACACAUUCCAAACACAACAAAACUUCAUUUUUAUUUCUUUCCCACGUUGUUUCUUCGUCUUCUUCAACGUUUAUUUUGUUUUCUUCCUCUUUAUAAAAACAAGCCUCACCUUUCUCCUUCUUCUCCAACCCUUUUCUUCACAACAUGAGGAAGAAGCUCGAUACUCGUUUCCCUGCUGCUAGGAUUAAGAAAAUCAUGCAAGCUGAUGAGGAUGUAGGGAAGAUUGCAAUGGCUGUUCCUCUUCUAGUUUCUAAAGCAUUAGAGCUAUUUCUGCAAGAUUUGUGUGAUCGAACAUACGAGAUAACUUUGAGGAGGGGCGCAAAAACUAUGAAUGCUUUUCAUUUAAAACAGUGCGUGCAGACUUUUAAUGUCUUUGAUUUUCUGAAAGAUAUUGUCAGCAAGGUUCCUGAUUUAGGUGGUUCUGUUGCAACUGGUGAUGACCAUACUGUCACUAAGAGGAGGAAAGUUGCUGAAGAUGAUGAUAAUGAUAGUGAUGAGGAGUCCAAGAGAAAUAAGAAGCCAGAGGCUGGCCAUAGCAGUGGCAGAGGAAGGGGCAGGGGCAGAGGUAGGGGUCGUGGCCGUGGAGUUAGAACAGUAGAUCAAGAGACGAGUCCACGUGCCAAGUCUGAAGAUGAUUCUAAUGUAUUGAAGCAAAAUGAAAAGCACACUCAGAGCAAUGAAAGCAUGGAAAAUGUGUCAGACCCUGAAGAUGUUAAGCAGACUUCUCUAGAUAGCAAACCGGCCAAAGUGUCCAUUCGAAAUUUUGACUUAAAUAUGAACCCGGAUGAGAAUACGGAUUCAUCAGCCUCACCAACACCUGUAGCAACUAGUUCAUCUGCAAAAUCAAUGUCAGAAGAGAAGCAUGAUGAAUACCCUGGAUGGUCCUGGUCUGAUAUGGAAAAAAUGUCCAUUGAUCCCACGCAACUAGCCAACAUAAAUAGAAGGAUCGAUGAAGACGAAGAAGAUUAUGAUGAAGAAAUGUAGAUGAGCCUGUGUUGGCUUAAUUACGACAUCUCACUAGAAAGUUCGUAUGGAGAAUUAGUGUAGAUUUUUUAGGAGCAGUAGGUGUUAGACAGAUACUUAGUUGUUAGGAAGAUUAGGAGGGAAUAGUAUCAUUGAAUACUCUCCUUACGACCUUUGUUUUAGGCUAAAAGUGGAGAUAUAGAUUGUUCCAUUUAUAAAUAGCCACCGUAUUGUAAUUUCAGAAAUUUCAAUCUUAGGUAGGUUUUGCUUAUGGUAGGCACAACAUUCAGGUUCUAGAUGUGCUACGGCGCAAAAUUUAACGAGGAUGCUUCCCUUGUUCAACUAUUUUCUUUAUCAUGCUUUUUGUUCAUUCAA